AGUUGGGAAUGGUAUAACUUUGCCUUGCUGUAAGCACAAUUUGAGAUGUUGUCUGAUUUGUGAAUUGUCAAAUCUUUGAGUUUGUGGUGGCACAUUGAACAGACAGCUAAAUGCAGCAGCUAUUGCAAAAGCUCCACAAGCUGGUUCAGUUUGUUGGGUUAUUGGAAUGUACUCUAUAUGCACAGCUGUUCCAUACAAUAGAUUGAUUUGAGGCAUUAAAUGCUUAAUUCUGUCCUGUGAAGACAAUGAAUCAUACACAGAUACUCGAUUGGUGGAAGGGUCAUAUGAGGAUGUGACCCAAUGGUUAUCAACAUGAUGGAAGUUGAUACAAUGUUUAUCUCUAGGAAUAUCAAUAGAAACUCCUUUAGAAAGAAGAACUUUCAUGGCUGCAGGUGUCACUUGUCCAAUGUAUUGAUCUAGUUGUGGACUAUGAUUUUUCAUAAUUGAUACAGCUUGUUGUAUGACAUCAUCAGGGAUGUAUGCUGCGUAUUCAUCCACUGAACUCAUAGAUUCUUUAUUUAGAUUCGACAAGGAUAAGUGUUUUUUAUGCCUUUCAGUAGUAUCCAUAUACCGCAAGCAAAGUACUGUCGAGUGUAAGAUUCUUUCUGUUUCAGUCAGUGCAUUGAAGUGUUGCCCACGCAAAAAAAACUUGGAAUACUUUGUAUCCUGCAGUCUGAGAGAGGUCCAGCAGUAUCGACCUGAAGUAAGAAACUCUGAGGCUGUGGUUUUUGCUAUCAAGGUCUCUGCAGCUUUCAGUAGUAAUAACUAUUGCAGAUUCUUCAAACUUAUCAGGGUGGCUUCAUUCUUAAAUGCAUGCAUCCUUCAUCGCUACUUUGUCCAGCUUCGAUGUCUGGCAUUAGAGACAAUGAACAAAGCCUUCACCACACCCAAGGGUACCUCAAUGUUUCCUACCGCUGAACUCGUCCAUCUUCUGGCCUUUGAAGAUGAUGAACAGGCUUCAAAUUUCUGUGAGUGUCAUGGUUUGGGUAAUGCAGAUGGUUGCAUCCAACUUAGCAGAGGUGGGUUCAUCUACCCGGAGGAGGCCAUCACAUCACAAAGAGCGCCCUCUGUAAUUGAAGCUAAGAAUGAUCAAUCAGUUGGAGAGGUAGUAAACAAUGGCCCUCUUCCUUUAGCUCCACCACAUACUCCUAUAUCAAGCUUUGAUGUGAAUGGAAGACUUCUAGACAGAGGUGUGGAAGAUAAAACCGGUCAAGAAAUGGCACAACCAGAAAGGAAGAUUGAGAAAGCAACCCUACAGGAACACCUGCCAAUCCAACAAGUGAUCCAGUUCCAGGAACCACAAACACGGGAGGUUAUUCCAGAAGUUACUCAAUAUCCACAACAGGCUGUUUUACAAGCUAGGGUGGAGGAAACUAAACCCAUUAUAAACCAAGAGGUUGUUAAAGACAUCACCAAAGAGCUCUUUUUAGAUGUCAUUGAUGAGAUGAUAAGAGACCUAUCUAUAAAGUUUAUGGAUACCCUAGCUCUCAUCCAAGCAACACCUGGUGUUCUUACUGACCUCAUAGAUGCUGAACUACGUGCAUUGAGCCAUUGUGUUGCUAUGGAGACUCUAGAAGAGGAACGCUAUGCUGAGGCCGUGAGAAUAGAGCAAAAGAGGGCAGCGGAAGAAGCAUCAAGAAAAGAGAAAGAAUUGAAUGCUUUGAAAGAAGAGGCCUGUAGACAGAUCACAGAGGAGAUCUUGGAUGAGAUCAUGGAGAGAACUCUUGAAGGGAUUAUUGAGAAGGAAAUUAGUGAGUAUGAAGCUGAGCUUAGGAGACAAGCCAUUGAGCGCUGCAGCUUCAUCACGUCAGAAGAGAUAUUACUUGACCUUGUCAUGUCUGAGGUCAAUGCCAUAUCAAAUGAGGUCAUUACUAUAGCAACAGCUGAGAGAGACAAGAGACUUGCAGAAAUUGAGGAGGCUUAUCGACUUAGGCAACUCAAUUUCCUUUACCAAAAAUGGUGUCGUGCUCAUGCAAAGAGGGUAAAGAUACGUCGAGCUCUGGAGACCUUUCCUGCUGGACCACCCAGUCAGAACACAGCGGAGCAGCUUGAGGUCCUCUGGCCAAAGCGAAGGGAACACUUUGGUGAAGCGCCCUCUCCUGUUGACCAAGACACAAUGUUGAGGUCGAGAGAACCUUUACCCAUGUCUCUCAGCACUCCUUAUGGUGUGGUUAGUGAGCGGGAAUCCUUAGCUAAACACAUCAUGCAGCAUCACUACCUUACCUACAUCAGACAACAGAGGGCGUGGCAACCUUUAGACCUUCCUGUCAUUUAUAAGGAGAACACCUGUCCUUCCCAGCAUGCAUCAAACCUAACACGGCAGGAUGGGGCAGCAUGCAGAUACUGGAAAGUGGUUUCCUCUCUGCCACAAGGGUCAUGUGUCAACAGGAGCCCAUGUAGUUGGCUGAAGGCUAAAUUGAGGCGUGGCCAGAUUUCAAAGGAGCUUAGGAGAAGUAGACUCAGAGAUAAUGAGAAUGUGGAGACUUUGAGUCUGUUCACACAGAGAUGUGGUUCCAAUCCAUUGGGUAUCUGUACUAGAGCACUCAUGGGACUUCCUGAAGGCAAGGAUACCAGAUACCAACUGAUGGGAUCCUCAGGGAUCAUCCUCGUUGUAGAGGGUGAAUCACAGGCUUGUCUCAGAGAUGCCCAACAGAGACUGAAUGCUAUCCUAUCUCACAUACCUAAGAGCCCAUCUCUCCCUGUGCUUGUGUGUGUAAUAAGUGAUGAAGAUGUGACAUCAUUCCAAAGCAGUGUGUCAGAAAGUCUCAAGUUACCUCAGCUGACACAUGAAGGAGUGCUUUCAUCUUGGAGAAUGAUUAGUAUACCAUGGGAUAUUGUCAAACUAGAAGCUUCUCAGCAGCUGGAGGAAGGUAUAGGAUGGCUUGUCUCUCAUCAUCCUAAACCACCAGCUGUGGUGUGUGAGACGGUUAAGGAGUAUCUAGAUAAUGGUCUAUCACAGUUCUUUAGCAUCAAUGUCAAUCAGCUCUCUAAGCAGAGGAAAGAAAGCGGACUGUUUCCAUUGUCACCUCAGUCGAUAGUAAGUCUGUAUAACUGUGUUAUCAGUCAUCUAUCGUCUGUAGCUGGGUCGUCAUCUCUCUCUGAUAUCUCAUGGCCUCCAACAGAGUUUACAGGUCCUCAACAUCCAGAUCUUCCUUCCUCAGACUGGAAUAGUCCUAGCACUCUUAGUCAUCUUCAUACAAUCAUUAACAACCUCAAGCUACCUGAUGUGCCUUCUCUAGAAAACAGUGAUUGGUUAUCAGUUUCUGAAGCAUGUAUCAAAUAUGUGAAUGACCUUCCAGGCAGAAACAGUGAUAAGGCACCACUCUUAUCCAGGGUGAGAUGGUUGUUGGACAAGAGUAGACGAACCUUUGAAGAUACAUGCUUUAUGACCUUUGACACGGAAGGAUGUGAACCGUCUUCCCAGCAUGCACCAUGGGUAGACAUCUUAGAGGAAUGUGUUACAUACAUGAUGACAACCCUGUCCAGUGGAAUGGAAGAGAACCAAUCUUCAGGCAAUCAACUAGUGUAUUUCCACCAGUCUGAACUGGGUCAGUUUGAAUUUCCAAUCAAGUGGAAACAAGAAAUGAAUGAGACGUUAGAAGAAUCAGUGGUGCAACAUGAAAGCAUGUUUGAGUCCAUCGUUGAGGCAGUAUCAACACGUCGAUCAAGCUUGGCAGAGGAGGAGUUGAAUAAGAAAGAAGAGAGAAGAAAGAGAAGAGAGGAAAAAGAAAGUCAUAAGGAUCCUAGCUUCCUUCUUCCAGAAGAUGUUACUAUGACGAUAAGUCGUACCUCAAGGGGACUCCUAAGGAGGAUGCUGGAUAAGGAACGAGAAGAGAGCAACAGGUUUGAAGCCAUGCUGACAAGCUUUCUAGAAGAGCCUGAUGAAGGCCUCCAGCAGAGGUUACAUGUACAGAUUAACAAAGAAGAGCCAGAAUUUAGACUUCAGCUUCCUCCCUUUCCAAAGGCAUCUCUCUCAAAGUCUGUAGAGGAUCACCAUCCCAUGAACGAUACACCUAUUAUCACCUUGGAAGAAUCAGACGACUCCCUCUCUGAUCAAAUCAACAGCCUGAAAGAGAGACUAGCAUCUGAGAAACAAGAAGCCUUGAUGGCUGAAAUGAGACUAAAUGCUCUACUUGGACUAUAGUAGCUAGCAUGCUUCCUUAGUAGUAGUGACUGAAUGACCUAGCCUUACGAGAGCUCUAGCAGUUGUUCCAAACCUCCUGUGGUUCAUGAUACAGCAUUUUGGAGCAUUUUUAGACAAAUUUGAAAGAAUAUAUUAGAUUGAAAGUGCUUUAAGUGCAUAGGUAAUGGCUGAUCUUGAGUUAAACCCAAACGAAAUGCCCUUCUUGAUAUUUUCAACAAGCACAGAAAGAAAUCUCUCCAUGCAAGACUGCUAAGACUAUAGCAUGAUGUAUUCAGAUAAAUUCAUAGACUGUUUUGAAGAGUUGUAGUCUGGAUAUAUACAACUCUGCCCUUUGUGUGGAGUAUUUUAUCACUGAUCUUCACUUUCAGCCCUAACAUUCUACUGAAAUACUGGGAGAGUUAAUAUUUCAAAUCUCUUCAUAUCAAAUGAUAUGAUAUCAGGAUAUGAAGGAAAGACUGAUCCCCAGGAAAAUUGAAGGACUCCUCUUAAAUGAAGCAGUUAUACAAUAAUUAGUCUUGAUGGGAAUGUAUAAGGCUACAUACAAUUGAAACAUUGUUUUCAAAGAUUUAAAAAAUCAAGGUUGUAUUGAAUUCAUUAAACUUGUUGAAAUAUACAUACUAUAUUUGGAAAUGCUAACAUAAACAUACAAGUAAGGUGAGUUUAUUGACAAGGCGACAGAUAUUGCUGAAAUAAAAUGGAGAUAUUAAUCAUUAUUCUAUGUGAUGUCAAUGCAAUGGCCUGUAUGAUAGGGAUUUCAUAUAUUGUGGGUGGGCUUGAAAUGAGAGUAAAUCACUUAAAUGCUAUUUGAUUGAUGAAUCAUGUUCAUGAUUCUAUCUACAGAAAGUAAUUUUAACACAGCCCUUGAAGCAAGGUUUACAAUGAAUAAUUAACUGUCAAGAGGCCGUACAUACCAAGAAUUCCCUAACAUGACUUGGCUCUGGCAUAAAUCCAUGCAUUGAACCAAUUGUUCAGGGUGGGGGUGAUCUAUUGUCUCAUCCCCCCCCCCCCCACUUUAAUAGUAUAACAUCACAGAUUUAUGCCAAUGCUUACCAGGAUCCAGGAAAAAGGUUUAGAAAGAUGGCAGCUCAUUGAUGUGAUUGAUAGCUAUUCAUGUGACAGCUUUUCAUGGGGGCUGACUUGUGGUAUUGAGUUAAUGAUAAUCAAUGAUCUUGGUGCCCUAUGCAAUUAUGUCAACAUGGAACAAGAUCAUGAUCUGAUCACCUAUGGUUUAGAACAAGAAAUUUGGAUUGUUACCCUUCAUCUUUAUUGAUAACUUCAUGAUAGUCAUACUUCCGACAUUAUACUUUGUAUGUUAUCCUUCCAAGCCUGUAUUCUGAAGCCUGUUUUCACUAAGACACAUUACUUAGGAGGAGCCUGAAAUAUAUAAACUUUGAUUACAUUGUACACUUCUUUUUUAGUUCUUUCUCCAUGCUAAAUGAUAAAUAUAACUAUUUUAGUAAUUAUUUUCACACAAUUAUGAUUGAAUAGGAGUUGUGAAUAACCCAAGAAAUUAAGGGCUGGGUUUAGAUUUGGUAAAUUCCACAAAUGAUUUCAUCACUAUUCCAGUUCACGAGAAGAUAUGAAUAUGUCUGUCCUUAAUAUAACAGUUAUGAUAUUACUGAUAUGAAAUGAAAAUAUGUUUUGUAGGAUAAAUUUUGUGAAAUUUAAUGAAAUAUUUAUUUUGAUUGGAUGCCCGAUCCAGAUAAAAUAUCUGCAUGUUUUUUUGUUUGUUCUCUAUCUAUAUUUACCAAAGCAAGAAAUUGGCUGAGAGUCUUAGGAUGUAAUCUUUUGGGGGUUUUUGAUAUCUUAUCACUAAAAUUGUAAGAUUACAAAAAAAACUUUUUGAAAGAUAAAUAAAACAUGGCCAAGCAAGGGUGCUAGAUGUUUGACAUUUUCCCAGAAAAAUAGCUGAUGAAAAAGGAAUAUAACAUCUUUUACCACUGUUGUAAGAUUGGCAUAUCAGAUGAUACUAUUACAAGUCAAGUUGUUUACACUUUACUAAAGUUUUAGUUGGGCUUUAAACAUCUGCUGUUAUAGACCACAGUCAUUGGACCAGAGUUUACAUUAAACACAGGUUCUGAAUAUGGUUCACCUUUGUUUCACUUCCUUGUUUAAACUUCUUCCAAUCUUGUCAGACCAGUAAGAUAUAUGUCAUAUGAAAGAACUAGUAAAAUGUCUCAGUUUUAUGUUGUAUUACGAAUGUAUCACGGCAGUUAAAACCAAAUAAUGUCAUUUUUGUUUGUAUUUAUAUAUUUUGUAAUAAAGAUGUCUUCAUAUUAAGAAUGAAA